GCCGCCGAGAUCCCGGAUCGGGACGCCGCAGACGUCAUACGCCAAUCCGACAUCGACGAACGAUCGUUUCGCCUACGCGCCGAUCUCCAAAGCGGAACGCAUCAAUCUCGAUAACGCGUGUUCGCCCGAUCUCUCCUGCAAACUUUUGCAGCAGCCAACAUUUUACUUCGCAUUUUAAUCGCGCUUGUCUGGCUCGUGACUUUAGAUUUCUUCGGGGUUGCAGAAGUAACUUUCGCGUUGCGGUUGCCGAUAUCGGUGGUGAUCAGCAGAACCGACUAAGUUGGAGAAUCAAGUGAUCGUAAAUCAAACGGACAUUUCGAAAAUUUGGUGAUCGUAGAUUGAAAAGGGUGGAGAAGUCAGUGAUCGCAAAGGAAGUGACCUACGUGCCACAGUGCGGGUACGUUGGAAUCUGGAGUUAUCUUAGCACGCACGACGGCUUGAUAACGAAUGAUCGAGGAGACACGAUGAACGGAGCAGCGACGGUCACGGCCACCGAAGAUCAUCAGCAUCAGCAUCAACAGGCGCAGAAUGAAACCACUUCGGAGCAUCCACGGAGCCCCGCCAGUCCGCUGAGCGUUAGACACGACUCCGGCGAGAGCAGCGUUAUUUCCCCAGGUCUGCCAGAGCGUUACAGCCCUCUGGGGGCGACAGGAUCCACAUCCAGUCACGAUCCUUACGCCUCCCGCUCGGUUCAGGAAUGCCCGGUGCCCCUCUGCAGAGGGAUGCCGACGGACUUUCCCCUGGCCAGGUCGCCAUAUCUGACCGCUCUCGGAAAUGGCCAUCCGCACUUAUUGAGCCAAGUGCAACAUCAGCAGCAGCAGCAGCAGCAACAGCAGCCGCAGCAGCCGCAACACGGCAGCAAGCCACCGCGUAGCCUCGGACUGAUAUGCGUGGUCUGCGGCGACACCAGCUCCGGCAAACAUUACGGAAUAUUAGCCUGCAACGGUUGCAGCGGCUUCUUCAAAAGAAGCGUCAGACGAAAGCUGAUUUACAGAUGUCAAGCUGGUACGGGAAGAUGUGUCGUGGACAAAGCGCAUCGAAAUCAAUGCCAGGCUUGCCGUUUGAAAAAAUGCAUGCAAAUGGGGAUGAAUAAAGAUGCUGUUCAAAAUGAACGUCAACCGAGGAACACUGCCACUAUUAGACCGGAAGCACUCGUCGAGAUGGACCAAGAACGAGCGCUGCGCGAAGCCGCUGUGGCCGUAGGCGUCUUCGGACCGCCGGUGUCCUUAGCAAUGGCGAGAUAUACUACGCCACUACCUCUGCCCACAGUCGCGCCGACAACAAAUUCAACAAACAACGCAGGAACACCGCCUCGACAAGACAACGACGACGGGAACGCAUCUGAGGAUAGCAUAGAUGUAACGAACGAAGAGCCGUUGACACCUCAACGAAGCGGAUGCGCGCAACUUCCGCCGGUGAUCCCGUCGUUAUAUUCACCCGCGAGUGCUGAAACGGUCUACGAGACCAGCGCGAGAUUGCUCUUUAUGGCUGUCAAAUGGGCGAAGAAUCUCCCCUCUUUCGCUGGCCUGCCAUUCAGAGACCAGGUAAUAUUGCUGGAAGAAGUCUGGUCGGAGCUGUUCCUGCUAAAUGCAGUUCAAUGGUGUCUGCCGCUCGAAUCCUCGCCUCUCUUUAGCGCCGCCGAACUGACAGCUCUGACUCUCUCGCCGCAUUCGCAUCCGCAUUCGGGACUGCAUCUGCAAACUACUACGGGAAAACCCAGCCAAGUAGCGGCGGAUGUCAGGCACUUGCACGACACACUACAGAGAUACAAAGCAGUCAUGGUAGAUCCUGCCGAAUUCGCCUGUAUGAAGGCUAUUGUUCUCUUCCGCCCAGAAACCCGCGGCUUAAAGGACUCCAGUCAGAUCGAAAAUCUGCAGGAUCAAGCGCAGCUAAUGCUGGGACAUCACGCGCGCGCUCAACAGCCGAACAGUCCGGCCCGCUUCGGCAGAUUGCUGUUGCUGCUGCCGUUGCUGCGAACAGUUCCAGCCGCGAGAGUGGAAUUGAUUUACUUUCACAGGACUAUUGGCAACACACCGAUGGAGAAGGUCCUUUGCGACAUGUACAAAAAUUAAUACCACUUCGGACACCAAAGGACUUUGCUACAAAUGUCACGAUAAAAUUGAUAAUGCGAAAUCAAUUGCAAAAUCUAAAGGAUUCGGCACUAGGACAAAAGAUAUGUGGAAGAAAGAAUCGAUCAUCGAAGGAGGACAGUUAAGACUGGUGAACAAGGCUUUCCUAAAUGAAAAGAUUAAGGAAUGAAGGCGCGAGAGAGCUUUGUCCCGACAUGAUCAGGCCUAAGGACAAACGUCCUAAAUCCCUUCGAUGAUAAGGAUUCCGAUGCUAGCGUGUAUUCUUAUCGUGCAAAUGCGAGACAUAGGAAGAAUGGCGUCGCUAACGAAUAAAACGGCAACUAAAGACGACCGAGGGGCACUCAAUCGCGGCGUAAAUAUACACAUAGAUAUAUACAUGUAUUUAUUUAUUAUAGACAUAUUUAUCGGGCGUUAGGCCCGGCACGUUAUUAGGACGUUUUCCGUUUUUUCGUAGGAUUGAGCCGAAAAGCGGGAAUAUUUGUUUCUUCCUUCUUUCUCGUUCGUAUCUUGAUUUACGUUCGUCGUAAAGUUACCGAAUUAGAAAGGAAAGUGACGGGAGCGAUAAACACUCUGUAGCUUCGUGAGUGUCAGAAAUGUGAUGCUGAAAACAAUUACUUUGCAAAAUAUAUAUUCAUAAAUUUGCAGUCAAAUUAUUUGAAAAAUUACCACAAUUAAAAUACUGUUUUUUUUUUUUACUGAUGAACACAAAUUUAUUAAUUAGAGGUAUAAUUAAUAAACCGAGUAGCGAUAUUUGUUGACAAAGUCAGGAUUAAAUUGCAUUUGAAAAUAACUCAGCCAGUAAUGUGAAUUUAUAAAAUUUAAUGUUGCGUAAUAUCAAUUAAUGAAAGUAAUUUUGUUCGCGAAGGUUGAUUUUUUCGGCGCUGUAAAUGAAUGCUCGUCCGCACUUUCUCUGUAUAUUUCGUGUUGUGAUACUAUUCGCUGUAAAAGUCUACAUAUUCUCAGUCGGUGAUAUGUAUUGUAACGAUUACUU